AUGUCAACAGUCCCAGGUACACCGAGAACAAAGACGGGCUUCACCCCUGCGACGCCAACGACAACUCGACUGGCAGGAUCCCAUGCUCUUCAAGCAUCUCCUCAUUACACGACAACCAGACGUCACUCUCUCUAUGGCACAGAGGAUCGUGUUGUAAUCGAUCCAGGUUCACGCGUCUGGAAAGUCGGAUUCAGUGGAGAAGGCAAGCCAAGAGACGUGUUCUACGCCGACGCUAAAAAUUAUGGCUCGUUAUGGAGCUGGAGUCGAGCCACAGAUCCAGCGGAGAAGGCAGAGCAGGACAACAUGUUAGCAAUCAACUUGGAGAGAUGUAUGCGUUCUGUUUUUCACGAGUCACUUCUUGCAGAACCCAAGGCCAGAAAGGUAAUAUUAGUCGAGCACCCGUUAAUGCCGUUGUACAUCAAGGAUAUGUUAGCUCACAUCCUCUUCAGUAACCUGCAGGUCCCCUCAAUAUCAUUCGCAUCAAGUCAUCUGUUAUCUUUGUUAUCUGUUGGCCGAAUAACAGGUCUCGUCCUGGACUGUGGCCAUCUAGAAUCCACUGCAUUACCUAUAUUCGCAGCACGUCCUCUCUUUCCCCAACUGCGAACAACACCGCUCGCAGGCUCUCGCUUUUCAUCACACAUCCGUGCACUCCUCCUCUUAUUUGGCUCUUAUCUCCCUCCACCAGCUACACUCAGUGCGGCUGUCAACGUACCCGCAGCCAAUCGCACUACCCGUGUGCCACAAGAGAUACUAACAGAUGCUGUCAUCGAGGACAUCAAGACACGCUGUUGUUUCGUAUCAGAUGCUUUAGAAUCUUCUCUCAGCGAUGUCCGCGCAUCCUCCCCAGCAGGUGAUGAUCCUUCAGAUCAUGAGCCUCCACCCUCAAGCGACCCCGCCAUGUCUGAGUCAGAGUUUUCACGGGGUUCACUCGGCCAAGAGAGCGCUGCAGAGUCCGAGUUUUCAAUCAUAUCCCACCCGACACACCCUACAACCGGUGGAGAAGCAAGAAAUGAAAACCAUCUACAGGUCCUUGCGAAUAUGUACAUACGUCACUCCACUGCCACAGAUCUUCACAUGCGUGUCGUCCCCCCUGUAUCUCAGCAAGCGGGUACCGGGCGUGGAACACUGAUCAUCCCAGGCUGGGUCCGUGAACGCGCUGCCGAGGUGCUGUUUGAAGGAGGUGACGUCGACGAAAGUAGUGUCGCAGAAGUAAUCUUGGAUGCUUUACUCAAGGUCCCAGUUGAUCUUCGUAAAACUAUGGCGUCCUCUAUUCUAAUCACAGGGGGAACAGCCAUGCUUCCAGGGUUCAUCCCCCGUUUACACACGGAACUGCUGCGCGCUACUGCGCUGCUAAAUAUAUCAUCCACACGGUCUAGACCUACAUAUGAUCGAUAUGCCUCGUUGCGUCCCCUAGUACCACACUUUGCCAUCCUCAAUAAUCCUGCACCGGUACCCUCGUCGAGCGCACGUGCCAAUGUGAACGCAGGGAAGGCACCAGCUUUCACACCUGCUACGAUGGCGUGGGUGGGUGGCUCCCUAGCGGGGGCACUAAAAACUGGUGGCGUCGAAGUCGCACGGGAGAAAUGGGAUGAGUCUGAUCCAUCGCAAACCGAUCAGGAUGAAGAUGUCGUAAUGGUUCUUCCUACGUCUGAACACGUUCCAAGAAAUGUCAUACCAGACUGGACUAGAGGACCGCUGCCCGCGGGCGCACCUCCUGCUGUAGCACUAAAGCCCCCGCCUUCCCCACAAGCCGUCGGUGCUUGA